GGAGCCUCUUGGGAGUCUCAGGGCUUCUUAAAGGGCUCCCUCGGGGCGCCCCCGUCCUCCCCGGGCCGCUGCAGUCAGUCAGAGGGAAGAGGCCGACAUGCCCGAGGCAAAACCAGUUGCCAAAAAGGCCCCCAAAGGCAAAGAUGCUGCCAAGCCGGCUCCCAAGGAAGCGCCCCCCAAGGAGGCCCCCGCGGAGCCCCCCAAAGAGGCCCCCCCACCUGAGGACCAGUCUCCUGUCGCAGAAGAACCUUCCGGCAUGUUCCUGAAGAAGCCAGACACUGUGUCGGUGGAGACUGGGAAGGACGUGGUGAUCACGGCCAAGGUGAACGGGAAGGAGCUCCCGGGCAAACCGUCCAUCAAAUGGUUCAAGGGGAAAUGGCAGGAGCUGAGCACAAAGACCGGAGCCCGCUUCUCCCUGAAGGAGACGCACGACUCUGCCAGCAAUGUCUACACCGUGGAGCUGCACAUCGGGAAGGUGAUCCUGGGGGACCGAGGGGAUUACCGCCUUGAGGUCAAGGCCAAGGAUGUCUGUGACAGCUGCAACUUCAGCAUCGAUGUGGAGGCUCACCGUGAGGACGCCGGUCAGGACCUAGAGACCUUCAAACGCACGGGUGAAGGGAAGACAGAAGAUGCAGGGGAGCUGGACUUCAGUGGCCUGCUGAAGAAGAGGGAGGUGGUGGAGGAGGAGAAGAAGAAGAAGAAGGACGAUGAUGACCUAGGCAUCCCACCUGAAGUGCUGGAACUGCUCAAAGGAGCCAAGAAGAGCGAGUAUGAGAAAAUUGCCUUCCAGUAUGGCAUCACUGACCUUCGUGGCAUGCUGAAACGACUGAAGAAGGCCAAGGUCGAGGUGAAGAAGAGUGCAGCCUUCACCAAGAAGCUGGAACCGGCCUACCAAGUGGACAGAGGCAACAAAGUCAAGUUGGUGGUAGAGAUCAGCGACCCAGAUCUUCCCCUCAAGUGGUACAAGAAUGGCCAGGAGAUCAAGCCCAGUAGCAAAUACGUGUUUGAGAAUGUCGGCAAGAAGCGGAUUCUCACUAUCAACAAGUGCACCUUGGCGGAUGACUCUGCCUAUGAGGUGGCCGUCAAUGAUGAGAAGUGCUUCACUGAGCUCUUUGUCAAAGAACCCCCCGUCCUGAUCGUGACCCCUCUGGAGGACCAGCAGGUGUUUGUGGGAGACCGUGUGGAGAUGGUGGUGGAGGUGUCCGAAGAUGGGGCGCAGGUCAUGUGGAUGAAGGACGGCGUGGAGUUGACGCGCGAGGACUCGUACAAGGCCCGCUACCGCUUCAAGAAGGACGGGAAGCGCCACAUCCUCAUCUACUCCGACGUGACCCUCGAGGACUCGGGCCGCUUCCAGGUCAUCACCAAUGGCGGCCAGUGCGAGGCUGAACUCAUCGUGGAAGAGAAGCAGCUGGAGGUGCUGCAGGACAUCGCCGACCUGACCGUGAAGGCUACGGACCAGGCUGUGUUCAAGUGCGAGGUGUCGGAUGAGAAGGUCACGGGCAAGUGGUACAAGAAUGGCGUGGAGGUGCGGCCUAGCAAGCGUAUCACCAUCUCCCACAAAGGCCGGUUCCACAAGCUGGUGAUUGAUGACGUGAGGCCAGAGGAUGAGGGCGACUAUACCUUCGUGCCCGAUGGCUAUGCCCUGUCCCUCUCAGCCAAACUCAACUUCCUGGAAAUCAAAGUGGAGUAUGUGCCCAAACAAGAGCCACCCAAGAUCCACCUGGACUGUUCUGGAAAGACCUCGGCCUCAGAAAACUCCAUCGUGGUAGUGGCUGGCAACAAAUUGAGGCUGGACGUGUCUAUCACUGGGGAGCCUCCUCCGGUCGCCACCUGGCUGAGGGGGGACCAGGUGUUCACGGCCACCGAGGGCAGGAUCCGCAUCGAGCAGCGGGUGGACACGAGCAGCUUCGUGAUCGAGAGUGCCGAGCGGGGCGACGAGGGUCGCUACACCAUCAAGGUCACCAACCCGGCCGGCGAGGACGUGGCCUCCCUCUUCCUGCGUGUUGUUGAUGUCCCGGACCCCCCAGAGAACGUGCGUGUCACCUCAGUGGGCGAGGACUGGGCCAUUCUGGUCUGGGAGCCACCCAAGUAUGAUGGGGGACAGCCGGUGACGGGGUACCUCCUGGAGCGGAAGAAGAAGGGCUCACAGCGCUGGAUGAAGCUCAAUUUCGAGGUUUUCACGGAGACAACCUACGAGUCCACCAAGAUGAUUGAGGGGGUCCUGUAUGAGAUGCGUGUCUUUGCUGUCAACGCCAUUGGGGUCUCCCAGCCAAGCAUCAACAGCAAACCCUUCAUGCCCAUUGCACCCACAAGUGAACCCCUGCACCUGACGGUGGAGGAUGUGACCGACACCACCACCACCCUCAAAUGGAGGCCCCCGGACAGGAUCGGGGCAGGCGGCAUCGACGGGUACUUGAUCGAGUACUGCCUGGAGGACUCCGAGGAGUGGAUUCCCGCCAACACCGAGCCCGUGGAGCGCUGCGGCUUCACCGUCAAGAAUCUCCCCACCGGAGCCAAGAUCAUCUUCAGGGUGGUGGGGGUCAACAUCGCGGGGCGCAGCGAGCCCGCCACCCUGCCCCAGCCGGUCACCAUCCGGGAGAUUGUGGAACAGCCCAAGAUCCGCCUCCCGCGCCACCUCCGGCAGACUUACAUCCGCAAGGUCGGGGAGCAGAUCAACCUGGUGAUCCCUUUCCAGGGCAAGCCGCGCCCCCAGAUCGUGUGGACCAAGGGCGGCGCCCCCCUGGACUCCAGCCGCGUGAACGUACGCACCAGCGACUUCGACACGGUGUUCUUCGUGCGCCAGGCGGCGCGCGGGGACUCGGGCGAGUACGAGCUGAGCGUGCAGAUCGAGAACAUGCGCGACACGGCCACCAUCCGCAUCCGCGUCGUGGAGAAGGCCGGGCCCGCGGAGAACGUGAUGGUGAAGGAGGUGUGGGGCACCAACGCGCUGGUGGAGUGGCAGCCCCCCAAGGACGACGGCAACAGCGAGGUCACGGGCUACUUCGUGCAGAAGGCGGACAAGAAGACCAUGGAAUGGUUCAACCUCUACGAGCACAACCGGCCCACGCGCUGCACCGUGUCCGACCUCAUCGUGGGCAACGAGUAUUAUUUCCGCGUGUUCAGCGAGAACAUCUGCGGGCUGAGCGACGCCGCGGGCGUGUCCAAGAACACGGCGCACAUCCUCAAGAACAGCCUCACCCUGAAGCCGCUGGACUACAAGGAGCACGACUUCCGGACGCCCCCCAAGUUCCUGACACCCCUGCUGGACCGGGUGGUCGUGGCGGGUUACUCGGCUGCGCUCAACUGUGCGGUCAGGGGACACCCGAAGCCCAAGGUGGUCUGGAUGAAGAACAAAAUGGAGAUCCGUGAAGACCCCAAGUUCCUCAUCACCAACCACCAGGGAGUCUUGACGCUCAACAUCCGCCGGCCUUGCCCCUUCGACUCGGGGACCUACUCCUGCCGCGCCGUCAACGAGCUGGGGGAGGCGAUGGCUGAGUGCAGGCUGGACGUCCGAGUUCCUCAGUGA